AGUGAGAAGUUCCUACUUCGCUGAGUUGCGUUGGAUAAAGGAGCUUUCCCGGAUUUUGCAAAGCGACAAUACGAGAUCAUAAAUUAUCAGAUAACAUUCCGUCUACCGUGGUGAUUUAACGACAAAGAAUUCCCAUCCGCGAUAUGCAUUAGUUUUCCCCAGACACGAAAACGUUUUCUUCUUUGCCAGUAAGCAAGCUUGGAUCGGUCUCGGCACUACACUACACGUCCUCACACCCUCGUUACUUCAGCAAAACUAGAAAGAAACAGAGAAAUAGAAAAGAGGGAAAAUCCUCACUUCGAUAUCUCAUCAAGAAACAAGAGAGAAGCAUCCCCAUGUUCAGGUUUUAUUUAAAAGCUAAGAGAAGAGAGUCUGAGUGAAAAUUUAGUCUGCUGUCGCCAAGAAAACGAAAUUUGCUUCCUGUUAAAUACGUGUCUUGGAAUCGAACCAAAACGCUUAUCACAGCCACAGCAGGCUAAUACUAAAAAAUCGGAGCAAUCCGGAAUGGUCAUUUAUAAGGAUUCAUGCUUGGCUGGCUGAAAAGAAGGGCCAGAGUGACCAUCAACUCACGUUACAUCACUCUACUAAGAAGAAAUAUUUCACCCGACAUGAUUGUCCCGGAAUCUGUUCAGACAAUGUUUAACCAGCAUAGUCUCAAGCUGGUGGUGUUAAACAGUGAAGGCCAUGAUUAUCAACUGGAGGUUCCCACAGGAACAACAGUUGAGAGGAUAAAAACCAUGGCCAUUGGACAUUUCUUCAAUCCCUUAGAGCUGGAAGGAAUCAGUGUAACAGAUGACAAAGGGGAUACGUCCAAAACGGGUAAUAAGACCAGGACGUACCGCUUGGUGCUGGUGAGGGAAGGUCGACCACUCUUGGAUGUUAACUCUCUCCAGCUUGAGCAGCUUAUAGAUAAUGAUGAGUUGCUCUUGGUUGAUGGCCGUGAAGCUCCACCCAUCAGGGAGCCAGCACCAGAAGAGAUGACCAUCCCUACAAUGAGUGAGAUUGCUGAAGCUACAGUAAACCUCACAAAACGCAACCACAACCGUAACCCAGAUCCAAUGAAUCAUUCAACUGAUAAAUGUUAUGGAGGCAAUGGAAUGGCUUUUAGAACAGGGCAACAGAAGCAGUAGUGCAGCUGGCAGUGAUGAAGUUGAUGCUGCAAGCAACAAGAUGGCCACAGAACAAACAACAGCACAUGCUACAGUUUCUUCAACUUCCACAGAUAUGUCUGGGGAUCCAGCCAAGAGGAUAUUGAACACUUUCUUGCAAUACCAUCGUAAAUGGUUCCAGCCCAACAUGCAGGUCAUGGAAAAAUUAGUAAACAUGGGUUUCAGUGAAGAGCAAGUCACUGAAGCACUUCGUUGCAGUGGAAAUAAGCAGAAUAGUGCAUGUGAGUUGCUGUUGAGCAACCGCUCAACAAUGCCAGAUGAUCAAGGAUUGGAACGAGAUUCACCAAUUAUCUCAGCCAUUCUUGCUUCUCCUGUGAUACAACUGGCACUACCAAAGCCAAAAACACUUUUAGCUCUGAUGAUGUUGUUUGAAAGCCCUAAUAAUGCUAAUAUGUGGUUAAGUGAUCCAGACACACACCCAGUUGUUAGCCAAGUACUGAGGAUUUACCAUGCAGAAAAGCAUUGCCUAAGUCACAAUCGUCCUUUAGCAUCAUCAGGACCAGUUGAUCCACCAGCUGUGUCACACGCUCUAGGGAUCAUAAGAGUUGGUACUUCUGUGAAUCCACCUGCACUUCAGCAGUCACAAUUUGCCAGUGUAACAUAUACUCAGCCAUUUCCCCUUAGCAUAAGAAGUGCAAGUAGCAAUGGGAUGGCAGGCAUGAGAAGCACUAGUAGUAGUGGGAUGACAGUUGACCAACCAUCACAUUCACUCACCAUGUCACCUGUAGCUAGGCGAAGAUCAUCAGCAGGACCAUUGCCUACUAGUCUGCACAUGAAUGCCUCCCCAGGUCCUCCAUCUAUUCAUAACUUCACAGCUGUUCGACUAAACCCAGAAGAAUCAAUGUCUCUCUCAGGGUCGCCAGUCAGGGCACGGGGCGGAGCUCGUAGCCUUUCUGACCUGACAGGGAGUCAACCAACUUCAGAAAGACAGUCUUAUGAAACCAGUGCAAGACAUACACAAAAUUGUGUCAGUCCAAUUACAUCUAUAGGUAGUAAUGAUGUAGAAAUGGAAGAUAGGACUGAUUCUCAUGCUAUGGAAACAAAGUGAACAUCAAAAUUCAGUGUAACUUUCAUUUAGCUUUUUUAACCCUUUGAAUGUAGAUGGCAAAGAUACAUGCUAUGUCCACUGUAAUUUUAGUUUAUUAAUUUUUUACAUAUAGAUGGCUCCACAAGUGCUUAAUCACCAAGGAGUCAUUUAUUAGUUCUUCAUAUCUCACUUGUUUACCCAUAAUCUUGAUUUUUGUAAAGAUCUUUUUUUUAUGAAUUAACUAUUUUUAACAUUAGUACUUUAAAGACAACAAUAAACACAAUGUCAUAGAUAAUAACAGUGCCACUAUUAAUAACAUAAAAAACAUUUACCCACAAAUUCAGGAAAUGGGGAAAUCGGGAAUGGUCAUUAGGGCCUACUAAGUGACUCCAAGUGGCUGAUCAUUUGUGGAGCCGUCUGUGUGCAACAAAAUUAGAAAAAAAAUAUAGUGGACAGUACAUAAACCCAUGGCAAAUGGGUUAAUAAAACAGUUCAUCUUUUAUUGAACUGAGAUACAUUGUUUCUAUUUAUUGUUAAAAGUUUAAAGGACAAUGCCUACAGUGUGUCAUAACUAUGUGCUUUGUGUAAAUUCUCAUGGAACAGAAGCUAAAUCCCUUCACAGUGUAUCUUCAUCUUGACUGCUUUAACCCUUUCUUUGCUUCAUAUGGGUAUAUCUGCCAAAGAUGUUCUUGACUGCCAAAAUUAUCAUUAUGGUUAUUUUGAUAUCAAUUGUACAGCUGGCCAAUUAUAGUUGUAUAUAUGGCUUUAUGUAUAGCUGUAGCUCUCCACAUAGCUAGGUAGCUCUAUAUAUAACUAUAUAUACUAUAUAUGAUUGUAUUGCUCAAUAACUCUGUGUAGCUCUAUAAUUCUAUACAUAGCUAUAGCUCCAUGUGUAUAUCUAGCUCUAUAUUUAGCUAAAUCAGUCAGUUGAUCUGUGGGCUAAUGCUGAUAGGGAUGCAUAGUUGCAUCCACCUUUUGUUUCCAUCCAUGAGGGUCCCUCAAGGGGAGAGAACAGGUGCGUCCUUGGUCCUAGGUUGUGCCAGGGUCCUCCAACACCCAAGGAUGUUUCAGGAGAUAACAUGGUGGCCUGGAUUGUCCUUGGAGAAAUAACCAUGUGCCCCAUGCAAAAACACCUCUUUUACAGUUAAAAACAUUGGUAGGAGUGUACACAGGAAUAAGAGACAUGAAGCUAUAAGCAUGCUUCAGUCUUAGUUCCAUUGUAUGCUGAAAGCUGGAAUCUGUUGGUGAGGUUAUAGCUACCCCUGUAGAAGGUUUCAUCCACUAUGGCUCAGCCAGUAAAAGGUGUAAUCACCUACACAAAUUGUGCUGCUGCCACAUCCCCUCACUUCUGAGAGAACAGCCACCUCAAGUCUCAACUUUUCUAUUCCCUUGAUAGCAGCUGUGAUUGAUUGUCCUGCCACAAUGAGUAGAUGAUCCAGGCACCCAGUGGAUGGCUUGUCUGAGGUUAAACCUACACACACACACACACACACACACACACACACACACACACACACACACACACACACACACACACACACACACACACACACACACACACA